GUUUGGGCCUCAUUAAUUAUUCAUUAGGUACUUGAAAGCACUGCAGGGAUUGGUGGCUGAGAGGCCUGAUCGACUGUUUCUUAGCUAGAGAUACGUGUCACCCAGUACGCGGCCGGAGAAGUUUUGCAUAAAUUAUUCCGAUGAGGGGCGGGGCGGGGCCGGUGCAUAGAUUAGUCAAAUAAGCCGGGGAGGAGGGAAGCCGGCUACGAAUUAGCCUAAGUUAUUAAAGAUGGCGGCGGAGCGCAGUCGCUCCGCGAUGGACUCGCCGGUCCCGGCCUCUAUGUUCGCCCCCGAGCCCAGCUCCCCCCGGGCGGCCAGGGCUGCGGCGGCCGCCGCCCGACUCCACGGCGGCUUCGACUCGGACUGCAGCGAGGACGGCGAGGCGCUCAACGGCGAGCCGGAGCUGGACCUCACCAGCAAGCUGGUUCUAGUGAGCCCUACAUCAGAGCAGUAUGACAGCCUACUUCGGCAGAUGUGGGAGAGGAUGGACGAGGGAUGCGGAGAGACCAUAUAUGUCAUUGGGCAGGGAUCAGAUGGGACAGAGUAUGGGCUGAGUGAAGCUGACAUGGAGGCCUCCUACGCCACAGUGAAGAGCAUGGCGGAACAGAUAGAGGCCGAUGUCAUCCUCCUGCGGGAACGGCAAGAAGCUGGGGGCCGUGUGCGUGAUUACCUGGUUCGGAAACGAGUCGGAGACAACGACUUCCUGGAGGUCAGGGUAGCAGUGGUGGGCAAUGUGGAUGCCGGCAAAAGCACCCUCCUGGGUGUCCUGACACAUGGGGAGCUGGACAAUGGCCGAGGCUUCGCCCGCCAGAAACUCUUCCGCCACAAACAUGAAAUUGAAUCUGGUCGCACCAGCAGUGUGGGCAACGACAUUCUGGGCUUUGACAGCGAAGGCAAUGUAGUGAACAAGCCUGACAGCCACGGUGGCAGCCUGGAGUGGACUAAGAUUUGUGAGAAGUCCACUAAGGUCAUUACCUUCAUCGACUUGGCUGGUCAUGAGAAGUACCUGAAAACCACUGUCUUCGGCAUGACAGGCCAUCUGCCUGACUUCUGCAUGCUCAUGGUGGGCAGCAAUGCUGGCAUCGUGGGGAUGACCAAAGAACACCUAGGCUUGGCACUGGCACUCAAUGUACCUGUCUUUGUGGUAGUCACCAAGAUUGACAUGUGUCCUGCCAACAUCCUGCAAGAAACCCUGAAGCUGUUACAGCGCCUGCUGAAGUCACCAGGCUGCCGGAAGAUCCCUGUGCUGGUGCAGAGCAAGGAUGAUGUGAUUGUCACAGCCUCCAACUUCAGCUCCGAAAGGAUGUGCCCGAUAUUCCAGAUCUCCAAUGUUACAGGCGAGAACCUAGAUCUGCUGAAGAUGUUCCUCAACCUCCUCUCCCCCCGCACCAGCUACAGGGAGGAGGAGCCUGCUGAGUUUCAGAUCGAUGACACCUACUCUGUCCCAGGUGUGGGGACAGUAGUGUCGGGGACAACACUGAGAGGUCUGAUCAAGCUGAAUGACACGCUGCUGCUGGGCCCAGACCCCCUGGGUAACUUCCUGUCCAUUGCUGUAAAAUCCAUCCAUCGCAAGCGCAUGCCUGUCAAGGAGGUGCGGGGUGGCCAAACAGCAUCCUUUGCACUGAAGAAGAUCAAGCGCUCGUCCAUCCGGAAGGGCAUGGUGAUGGUUUCCCCACGUUUGAAUCCCCAAGCCUCCUGGGAGUUUGAGGCCGAGAUUCUCGUCCUCCACCACCCCACCACAAUUAGCCCGCGCUACCAGGCCAUGGUGCACUGUGGGAGCAUCAGGCAGACAGCCACCAUUCUGAGCAUGGACAAGGACUGUCUGCGUACUGGGGACAAGGCCACUGUACACUUCCGCUUCAUCAAGACCCCUGAGUACCUGCACAUAGACCAGCGGCUGGUGUUCCGGGAAGGCCGCACCAAGGCUGUCGGCACCAUCACCAAGCUCCUCCAGACCACCAACAACUCCCCGAUGAACUCCAAGCCCCAGCAGAUUAAAAUGCAGUCGACGAAAAAGGGCCCCCUGAUGAAACGAGAUGAGGGGGGCCCAUCUGGCGGGCCAGCAGCAGGAGCACCCCCACCUGGAGAUGAAGCCUCCUCUCUAGGGGCUGGACAACCAGCUGCGUCCAGCAAUCUUCAGCCUCAGCCAAAACCCAGCAGUGGAGGCCGGCGACGAGGGGGCCAGCGCCACAAGGUGAAGUCCCAGGGGGCCUGUGUGACUCCUGCCAGCGGCUGCUGAACCUUCCCCUGGCCCACCCCUACCACCCAGGGGGUCCUCACACUCUGGCCACCGCUCCACCAGAUGGGCAGAGCAGCUAUGACCGCCACCCAGCCCUCCUGCUCGGGCCACAGCCAGAGUCUCUGCAUUGCCCCCACCCCCAUUUUCCAGGGGGUUUGUAAUUUAUAAGCUGAGGAAGGCAGCCAGACUUCUGGAGGACUGACCAUCUCCCACUCUCCUCCCCACCUUCUUCCUCGCACAUUUUUUGUACAUCUGGGCCCUUAGUUUUUAUUGUGUUUAUUAUAUGUCUCUGUCUCUCUGUUCACUGUGUGUGUGUGUGUGUGUGUGUGUGUGUGGUGGAGUGCCACCCCCAGGGUCCUUUCAGCCUCUCCUUUCUUCUCCAUGGCUGCCCACCUGUGUGUCUGUCUCUCAGAAUCCUCAGGGCCGUCAGGGGAUGUUGGGAGCAGAAGGAGCCGCCCUCCCUACGUAUCUUGCUGCUGCUCUGGGCACUCAGGGGCCCCUUCGUGGAGCAGACUGGGUUGGGGGCUUCUGGGAUUUGGUGUCUGCUGCUGCUGGAGCAGGAACCCCCAGUCUAGGACUUGGGCAUUUUAACAGAAGGUAGUGGCUUCCCCUUUUCUCUCUCUCCUCCUUUUUCCCUUUAAACCCCCAAACAGGUCAUGCCAAAAGUUCUCUGGUUGUAACCUGUAGACGUGUGGAGGGGAGUGGCAAUGAGAUUGUAGGACUCUUCCCCACCCCAGACUCUGACCCUGACCCUUGCCACCGAUGCAAAGACAGCUGGUGGGUUUCCCCUUGGAGACAAUCCUGCACUUGCCUGGGCUGGCCCUGGCUGCCCUCAGCUUUUCCUGAUCUGCAGGGCCUGGAGCCUCCCCUCACCCUGCUUCUUGUUGGGCCUUGGGCACUGGUCGUCAGACAUCGGGGCCUGGGUCUGCUCAGGAUCCUGUUUUCCAGCGCCUCCUGUUGGAGGGGUGGAGAGAUGUUCCCCUGAGCUAGGCUGAGACUAGAGCUCUUUCUUCCCUGCCAUGUCACCCCUAUGGCUGCUACAGGAGCAUAGUAGUGAAGGCCUGAGCUCCAUGUUUGAAAGUCCCAACUGGAGUGUGGGGAGGGCAGGUAGCCAGGCUUAGCACAGAGCAUUUAGCACUCUGGAAGAACACCUGCCUGGAGUGGGGUUGUGCAGGCCAGAGAUGGUGGCAUGGGCCUGAACUCACCUGGACUGACUUCUGCACUGAAGCCACAGGUGUAGGGUAGGCUGGUGGGUGGGGGUGGUUCCUUCUGUAGCUGGGGCAGACACCCAGCUGGCUGGGUCCUUCCUCAGCCUUGCCUCCUCCUGUCCCCAACCUUUUCCUUUCCUCCUGCUUGCGGACUGCUGGUCCCCUCUCCUCCCCUCCUUCCAGCCAUUUCUAGUUACCACCUACCCCUGGCCAUGGACUGAUCAGCAUUCAAAAUAAAAGCUUGUUCCAAGUUGA